AUGAGAGUCAAUAUUUUAAAAUACGUUAUUUUUUCAAUUAUUAUUUGUUCCUUUGAAUAUUCCCAAAAUGAAUUAUGCCUUGGAAGGAAUGUAAUAAAUUUUAGAAACAAUAGGGUAUUAACAGAUGUAGACAAUCUAUUAGAUUUAAAUGAUUUGAGUCAAUCAACUGUGAAUCUUGUAAAUCAAUUUGAUGAAAACGAUAGUGAUGACGACGGAAUUAUAUAUAUGCGAAAGAUUAUAAAUUCACAUAUAAAGGAGCAAACAAAAAAUAAUACAUUACCCAAAUUAAGUAGUUUAAAUAAAAGAACUAAAAAAAUUGUUAAUAAACUUCUAACAGAAUUAGAAAAAGCAAAAAAGGAGCUUUCUAGUCACAAGGAUGAUGAAAUGAAAAAAAAACUAAUAGAAGAUGAACAAAUGACUAUAAAAGAUGAAAACUUUAAACAAUUUGAAAAUGAAUUAAGUCCCUUAGAGAAAGAAAAUAUGAUUAAAGAUUGGGAACAGGCAAAAAAAGAUUUCAAAGGAAUGAUGAUUAGUGGAACGACGGUUAUUUUUCUUCUUAUGGGGUUACUAAUACCAGGACCGAGUCAAAUUCCAAUUAGUAUUCUAAUUUCAUUGCUUGCAGUUAACGCAUUUUAUAAAGGUUAUAAAUACGAUAAAUUCCAAUUGAAAGCAUUAAAAGCACUCAAAAAAGUAAACUCAAUAGCAGCAUAA